UUAAAAUACAGACGCGCCGCCGUGCGAGAAAAUCUCCGGCCACUUGAAUGGAUUCCGUUUACAAAACCGACGAGAAUAGCACCGCUGAUGCCGCCGCUCUUCUUUCUCCGCUUCCAACUCCCCAACUGCAGGAGUACUUCAAGAAGCUUAUAACUAGUAGAGGAUGCAAUGGAAUUGAAGUGAAACACAAUGGAACCACUGGGAAAGGUGUUUAUGCGAAUUCAGAGUUUCAAGAAGAUGAACUCAUUAUGAAAGAUGAGAUUCUUGUUGGCAUCCAGCACUCAUCCAACAAGAUGGACUGUUUGGUUUGCAGUUUUUGUUUCCGGUUCGUCGGAACGAUCGAGGAACAAAUUGGCCGGAAACUCUAUUUUAAGAACCUUGGUCUUUCUUAUUGUUGCGACGGUGAUUCAUCUUGAAGCGAAGAUUAUCAAAAUGAAUACAUUGAGUACAAUGAAAAUGAGGAACAAUGUGGUGGAAGCAGCUCAUGCCCUCAUAAACUUCCUGAAGAAGUUGUUCUUACUCAUGCCCUUUGCCUUCUCCUCUUUCGUGUCCUGGAGGAUGUCAGGAGGCUUUCUACUUGAAUCAUGCGCAGAGGCAGAUUGGGAAAGUUCUCACUCUUUACUUUGCACUGGUGAGAGGUCUGAGUCAGUAUCUAGAGAGGCGCUUGGAGAGUUUAUAAAACAUGCUAAUGAGACAAAUGAUAUUUUUCUUCUGGCUGCCAAGGCGAUUUCCUUUACCAUUCUAAGGUACAGGAGAUUGAAAGGAGAACACGUGAACAAAAAAGCAAAACUGAGUGAGCCAAAUCGGUCGCUACUCUUGGAGGCAUGGAAACCAGUAUCUCUUGGAUACAAAAUAAGGUGGUGGGACUGCAUCGCAUUGCCAGAUGAUGUUGAUCCUUCUGAUGAAGGAGCCUUCAGGAUGCAAAUAAAGAAUCUUGCAUGUACGUCUUUGGAGCUCCUGAAGACAGCCAUAUUUGAUAAAGAAUGUGAAGCCCUUUUCUCCCUUGAAAUCUAUGGGAACAUCAUCGGCAUGUUUGAGCUGAAUAACCUAGACUUGGUGGUAGCAUCACCAGUAGAGGACUAUUUCUUGUAUUUUGAUGAUCUUCCUGAUGCAGAAAAGGAAGAAGCCGAGGAAAUCACAAAACCGUUUCUAUAUGCUAUUGGUGAUGGCUAUUCGGACUGUUGCCAAGGAACGGCCUUCUUCCCUCUGCAGAGCUGUAUAAACCAUUCUUGUUGCCCUAAUGCAAAAGCCUUCAAACGAGAAGAGGAUAGAGACGGACAAGCAGUUAUAUUCGCUUUAAGACGCAUCAGCAAGAACGAAGAGGUGACGAUUUCAUAUAUAGACCAGGAGCUUCCGUACAAAGAGAGACAAGCAUUACUUGCAGACUAUGGUUUCAGCUGCAAGUGCUCCAAGUGUCUGGAAGAUUCUUCAUCAGUUUGAAGCCUAAUUUAUGUUUUCAAAAGAACAGAGAAACUGUCAGCCUUUAUAGUGAUCAGAUCACUGAUUAAUCAAAAUUAUGCGCGUAGGGAAUUUUUUUCACCAUACAGUACUAUGUUGGAGCACGCUGUCGAAGAACCGCUCUUUCCUCGGCAAUUUAUCUCUCUUUCCUAGUUAAUUAGUUGAAUUCAACUCAGUUUAUACACAUCACAUACGUCAACCAUAAAAAUAUGGUCAUUAGUGGUCGUUAAUGGACGCGGACAGCCCUAGUUCUGCAUAAUAGUACAGAUUAGUAGUCAAUAUGUGUUACUUUCAUGCAUACCGUGGAAGAAC